AUGGAAAGCAAAUGGUGUUUUGAAUCCCUUGAUAAGUCAUUGAAAGAGAUUAUGGGUACUGUUGAAAACCCAUGUGAACAAAUCUUUGGAGGUAAGGUUGUUGUAUUUGGUGGUGAUUUCAGACAAAUUCUACCUGUUGUACCAGAGGAACUAGAUGUUGGAGAUGGUAAGCUCUCAAAACCAAAUGGUGGAUAUGCUGAAAUUACUAUUCCUCCUGAGUUACUUUUAUCAGAUAUUGUGGACCCCAUAGAGGCAAUUGUUACCAGUACUUACCAUAACCUCCUUGAAAAUCUCACCAAUCUGAAUUACCUUCAGAGUAGAGCUAUUUUAGCUACAACUAUAGAGAUUCCGGAUUUUAUCAAUGAUUACAUUACUAAUCUUCUUCCAGGUGAUGAAAAGGAGUAUCUGAGUAGUGAUUCUAUUGGCGGAUCAGAUGCUAAUUACAAUGAGGCUUUCGAGCUUUUGACACCAGAAUUCUUAGAUUGCUUGAAAACUUCUGGUUUGCCAAAUCAUUCUAUGAAGUUAAAGAUUGGUACUACCAUAAUGUUGAUAAGAAAUUUGGAUCAAUUAGAGGGAUUAUGCAUGAUACAAGAUUGA